AUAUAUACACCAAAUAUAUUGAUAUAUAUAUAUUUAUAUAUAUCUAUUUAAAAUGGAUAAAUACGAAGACCUGGGAGUGGAAGCGAGUAAAUUUAUCGAAGACCUGAACAUGUACGAGGCGUCCAAGGAUGGGCUGUUCCGAGUGAGGCAGGAGGCCUGCAAGCCCGAGUUCGAGGAGACCAGGCGGGUGUUCGCCUCCAAGAUGAACAGGAUCCACCUGCAGCAGCAGCAGCACCACCAGCACCGGCACCAGCAGCACCAGCAGCACCCGGAGGAGAUGGUGAUGCGGCUGCCCGAUCUCCCGCGGCCCCCCGCAGGCGGCGGGUACUACCCCCGAGACGUCAGCCCGAGCCUGAGCCCGAGCCCGAGCCUGAACCCGCGCUGCGGCGACGGGAGCGGUUGCGAGAGCGACGGCGAGAGCUCCGGGAGCAGAGACCGAGCGCUCGGUCGCUGCGAACCGCCGCCGCCGCCGCCGCCGCCCUCGAGCCCGACCCGAGCCGAGCCGUCAGCUCAGGGAGACCUCCCUCACCCUCACCCCGGGCCCGGGCCCGGGCCCCGCCUGAUCUCCCCCGACCAGGCGCCCCCCAGCCCCAGCCCCAGCGACCACCGGCAGCAGCACCGCUCCAGCCCGGGCAGCCCCCGCGCCAGCCUCGGGCUGUGUGAGCCCGCGGGCCCGGCCCCGGGCCCCCUCGAUGCUGUCCCCGCCGCCAGCCCCAGAGACCCCCGGACCCCCGGCGGCAGCUCUGACCAGAGACCGCCGCCACAGCCACAGCCAACCCGGCGCUCUCCGCCCCUCUCCGCAGCUCCAGACCCUCCGCCCAACCGGUCCGGGCCGCCGCCGCCGUCGCAACAGCAGCAGCAGCAGCCGCCGCCGGACUGCGGUGUCCGUGCGGCGGGCGGCAGCCCCCGGGAGCCCCGGGUCCGCCUGCCCUGCCACCCCCUCGGGCAGAGGGACCCGGGCCCGAGCUCGGCCGAGUUAAAACUGGAGGCUCUGACCGAGCGCCUGGAGCAGGAAAUGGACGCGCAUCCCAAGGCGGAGUACUUCGGGACUUGUGUGAAAUGCAGCAAAGCGGUGCAUGGAGCACACCAGGCCUGCCAGGCCAUGGGGAACCUGUACCACGAUGCCUGCUUCACCUGCAGCGCCUGCAGUAGAAGAUUGCGUGGGAAAGCGUUCUACUUUGUCAACGGAAAAGUUUAUUGUGAGGAGGAUUUUCUGUACUCUGGCUUCCAGCAAUCCGCUGACAAAUGCUUUGCUUGUGGGCACCUGAUAAUGGAGAUGAUUCUCCAAGCCUUGGGCAAGUCAUAUCACCCUGGAUGUUUCCGAUGCGUUGAAUGCAACGAGUGUCUGGAUGGAGUCCCGUUCACUGUAGAUACAGAGAAUAAGAUCUACUGCAUAAGGGAUUACCACAAAGUGUUGGCUCCAAAGUGUGCAGCGUGUGGUCAGGCCAUCCUGCCAACCGAGGGUUCUGAUGAAACAAUUCGCGUUGUUUCCAUGGAUAAGGACUACCACGUGGAAUGCUAUCAGUGUGAGGAAUGUGGCAUGGAGCUGAAUGAUGAGGAGGGUCACCGUUGCUUCCCGCUGGAUGGACACUUGCUUUGCCAUGCCUGCCACCUCAAACACAUUGACAAUGGGAUGCCUAGCUCCAUUUACCAUCCGAAAUAUUAGCCGCUCCCACAGGUGGCUAGUGCAGGCCUGAUCCACUUCAAUAUUGAAGCCACCCUUAGGACACUGAGGGCCAUAGAGACCCCAAUGAUGCCUGGGGUUUGAGUGACUGUUUUGCACAGAGCUCUGUUCAGGUGCUGGAGAAGAGCGGCCUGGAAUGGGGAAGCCUUCAGCUACUGCCGAGUAGUGAAAUGGAGCAUAUUUUUAUUUAAACAAAACGUGCUGUGAAACGCUAUUUUACUGAAUUCUAAACACCACCAAAGCGUGACUUUGUUUGGUGACUGCGUUAAGCCACAACAGGCCUCCAAAGUGUAUUUAAAGGCAGACUUGUGUGUGAAGCUUCUGACAUUAUUAGUGAGUCUUUCGGAGACUCACAAGACCUGUAAUAAAGAAACUUUGACUGAAUGAACUUUACAGAAGAAAGAAAUCCAUGAAGAAAGGUCACGCAUGGGAGUAGCACAUAAAUCACUCAUGACUGGAACCGGGGACCUGAAAUCGCUCAUGAUCUUAGCCUUAAAACUAUUGUUUGAAAAUUUAAGCUUGUGCAGCAUUUUGGAAAAUGUUUACAUUUCUGGAUUUGGGAGUCGGAUUUCUCGCAUUACCCUAAAAAAAAUUGUGAAAAAAACAGCUUCCAAACUAAGACCGAAUUUGAGGAUUUUCCAAACCAUCAUAUGAUCUUAAAAUUUUGAGACUGCAAGGAAUUUCGAGCCACAAAACUCUCUCACGGAUCAACAAAUCAACGGCUGUUGCCAGUGCUGAAUGAUCCGAUCUUGGACAUCCCGGAUACACUUCACUCUCAUCACGUGAUCUUUGAGAGCCAAGAAUUUUGUGUCAGCGCGCCAGAACAUAGCAUCCAUCAUCUAUGAAAACCAUUAUCUUUACACAGAGAUAGUACAGUAUUGUAAAUGAAAGGGUUGAUUCACAUAGAUGUUUCAGACACUGUCUGGUUCUCACCAACUAACCCAUAUAUAUGUUGUGAGCUGAGCCGCUGACACAAGCACCACUUUGUGAAACAGAUAAUACAACAAAAAUACAUGUGA